GUGCGGUUAUAUUCUGGACUGGUUGCUUGAUUGUGUUAAAUCCUUUAAUCGUGGCAAAAGUAUAAGUUCAGGCUUUGGUGGUAGUCUUGGUGGUUGCUUGUACUACCUUGCUGUACUGUACCUAGAUUAUGUUGAUUUUGGAGUUCGCCAAGUCUCAGAUUCUAUUCCACGCAUUACUGUUUGGAAGGAUUCAAUGAUACAGACCUAUGCUCAGCUUGACAUGAAGUCUCCUAGUUCUUAUGGAUAUCACCCCUUACUUGAUGUUUCUCAUACCUGCUAUUCAAAGGAUUUAAGGUUUCUUUACAAUCCAAUGUGUGUCAAUAUAGAUUCUCAUUUUGCUGAGAAUUUGGACCAAUUUUCUGGUCGCAAGCUUCCUGAUUCUUUGAAGGCAAGCAUUUGCAAGCUUAUUCAGAACUACCUCUUCAACUCUGGAGUGUUUGUUAAGCUGGAUGUCAAUCAUGUUAGUGCCAUGCCAGAUUCGCUGAAAUCUGUGUUAUGUAAACUGUUGAAUCAUGUGUAUUCCAUUGAUUCUCGCAUUGAAAAUUUAGUCCUGGAUCUUCUUAAGCUCAUUGCUAAUGCCUACGAAAAUAAUGACCGUGGGUCAAAUCAUGAUAAUGCCACUUCUACUCAGCAUCCCAAUGUUCAUGAGUUGACGAAGAAAUGAAUUCUUCUGGAUCAAGUAGGAGACAGAAUCUUGGCAAUUCGGAUGCCCAGGAUGAUGUCCCUUGUUCUCAAUAUGAAGCUGAGAAAGCUACAAAUCUAUCUAGCCAUAUUCCCUGUGCAAAUCUUGCUCAGUUUUGUUCUUCACCUUCUGGAGCUUCUGAUGCUGCUAAUAACGCUUGCAAACCCUCUGCCCCCUUGCCUAUCCCCAAAUUGCACUGUUCUCCUGCCAAUUCUACACCUUCAAAUGUUGAUAACGAUGUCAUUGCUAGGGUGAUGCAAAAUUUGACAAAGAACACACACUUUUGUCAUAAUGAAAUAAAAAAAUCAGAUGCUGGUCCAUCUAAAAUCAAACUUGAUAAGGCAAAGAAUUCAUCACCAGUUGUUCAUGCAAAAGAGCCUGCUGUUUCUGCACCUAAGAAAUUGAAGCAUUCUGCUAUUUUUAAUGCUAAUCAUCACACUCAGAGCGACGUGAUUAUGCUUGACAAGGAGAACUAUUAUGCUCCUGAUUCAAUUUCUCCAUCUCCUAAGCCAGGCAUGACCAGAUUUUUUUCUAAGCAGGCUGCUUCUGAUAAAGAUAAUGAAUCACCUCCAUUAUCUCAAAGGACUCCAAUUGUGAUGCAAACUAUAGGCUGCACUCCUCACAGUACACAAAGGAAAUCUUCUGCCGUGUCUCAGCGUCUUAGGAAUUCCAGCUCAAGAUUUAAUUCUCGAUUGACUGAAAAUCACAGUGAUUCUCCUGAAGUUAAGAUUGUUGGUGAAAGAUCUCUAGAUGAUAGUGUUCGAGCUAUGAGUAAAAAAUCUGAUAUCAUGUACAACUCAAAACUUCAGAAAUCUGCUUUCAAGGGUUCUGCCCCUCAGGCUUUGUGCCCAGCCCCCAAUGCCCGCUCUGAUGUAAAUGAUUCACAAUCAUUUUCUUUUAGAGCUAGGGAUUCUACAACUGGUGGUAAACUUCCUGUCCAUGGCCCUAGACGUGUUGUUAAACCUGGACCUUUGUUCAAAGGUGGCUGUGUUACUGGUUCCAAUUCCAAUAAGUUUCAUGUUUCUAAAUCUGAGAUUGAUAAUUACAAUAGUAUUGUCAAGUUGGCUUUAUCUGAAUUUCAAGGUGAGGAUGCAGUCAAUCUUUCAGGAGUCCGUUGCACCUUUUGGGCAUUAGGAGACUCUCUUAAACCGGGUGGAGUUGUGAAGUCUUUUGUGGUUUCUGUUUUUGCCUACAGUCUGUUCUCAAAACCCAGUGGUCAUCCUGUAAAUUCAAGACGACAUUAUUUUUUCUCAAAUAUUUCUGAUCAAUUGCUCAAGGAUGUAGAUGAAGCUGAUCAAGAUGUGUUGGCUCGAGCUUUUAGAAGAUCAUCAAAGGCUAGUCCUCUAAAUCAAUCCAAUAUGGACCAUUGGUUUGUAUUUGUUGUAGACAUAAAGGAUCGUAUGUACGUUAUCCUUGAUUCAGUCUUUAAGAAAGAUGAUGAGUAUCAAGUUUUUGUCCGUGGAAGGCUGAGAAAUUCUUUUGAAAUCCACUGGGAUAAAUAUGUGGGUCUGGAUAUGGGCUUUGAAAAUUAUGAGUUUGUUUACCCAGCAGUACCUGAACAGCCACCGGAAAAUACCACUGAUUCUGGAAUUUACUGUAUGAUGUUUCUUGAACACUGGAUGUCAACAAGAACUUCUCUAACAACUAUUUUCUCGCACACCGAUAUACCACAUAUUCGCAUUAAGAUUGCAAAUGAUUUGGUUUUCCAACCGAAGAAUUUAGGAAUGAAGCAUCGAGUUGUCUAUUUCAAUGUGAAGGGAGACUAAGAUAGCAUCACCACCAUGAAUCAUGAAGGCUUUGUUUACACAUCAUUCUCAGUGCUGAGUUUAGAUUUCAGAUUUAAAUGUGCUCAUUUGUUUUGAGCAGUACAAUCUCUGUAAUAUGAUAGAUAAACAUGUUUAGCACAUAUUAUGCCCAAAACCCCUGAAUCAUAGACUCAUAAGUACAUUUGUGAUCCUAGUACUCAAUACAUAAUUGUGC